AUUUUCUCAAACAAAUCUAGUCUUUUAUUAAAAAGGAAAAUUUAAGUCCUAAAGCAGAAUGGAGCAUGGAAAUCACUCAUUUAACCAUGGUCGUUCCACACAAUCAAGCUCAGGUAAUGAAACAAACACCGAAAACGUCAACAACAACAUCAACAACAAUAUUGAUACUGGAAUUGAUAACCAAUAUUUACAAGGAACAAUGGAUGAGGAAAUACAUAUACCCAUGAAGAACGUGACAAGAAUCAUGCAGUGGGCUAUUCCCCGGGAUGGAAGAAUCUCUAAGGAUGCCAAGGAGUCAACUCAAUUGUGUCUCACUGAAUUUAUGAACAUCAUCACAAACGAGGCCAAUGAACGUUGUAAGGCACAAAGCCGAAAAAUCAUUAGCGGUGAAGAUUUAAUAUGGGCCAUGGAUAGGUUGGGCUUUGAGGACUAUGUUGGUCCUCUUCUUUUAUACCAUCAAAAAUAUCUCAACCAUGAGGCUCAACUCAAUACCAUGAGGUUCAACAAAGAUAUUUCAGGUGCUAGUGGCUCGAACAAUGGUGGUGAUAAUGGCCAUAACUGAUAUGCAAUGCAUUUAUGAGAAUAAGAAUAAUCUUUGAAUAAUUCUGGUUGUGUUGUUGUUAAAAAAAUAGGACUUCAAAUUUAAUGAUUUUGUGGAAUUGAAAGUUUGUAGGUUCUUUUUCUUUAUGUUUCUUUUGUUUGGAACAAUCAUUUCAUUUUAUGUAUGGAAAAACUUGAAAAGUAUACCAUUUCAAUCUUGGUCUAGUUUUAAUUUCAUUCAUAUUUCAUCCUUAAAAUAGUCCUCAAUCUAAAUUACUUGUGUUA